UGACUAUUUUGUGUUAUGCUGUUUCAACUCUGUGUAUCGCGUACGCACAAACCAUCCAUACAUACGAGCUAACUGUCACUGGGUAUAUCCUCGUAAAUGGUAAUGAUAUUUCAUGGAAGGAUGACAUGAAAGAUCCGAAUAAUGCCGCAUUACUAUAUAGCACAGAAGACAUAUGUGGCCGAAUAAAAGCGUCGAUUAUCACAUUGACUGGACCUCUGAAGGAUGAAGUGAAAUGUGAAAGGACUGCUCUUUUUGGCCACCCAGUCAACGGCUACCUUGACAUGCUUUUUAAGAAAAGUGGACUUAGCCCAAGUGCAUUGGCUCAAGACCAACUACAACAAAGAUUACAUACUCAGUUCGAACUGAUUACAGAGCAGAACAAGAAUUCCACUGGGCUUGUUGUCGGAACAAUUUACAAUCAGUGGACCACAAAUGAUGCUGGCAACGACAUGGGUUAG